AUGAUUAUUGAAGAUCUAGAACAUAUAACAUUCUCAAAGUAAUAUCUAUUAAAUUACUUAGUUAAACAUCCAUUUAAGGAACUGCUCAUUUCAAGAGUAGACUUGGAAUUGACAAAUUUGAAAAUAUGAAAUUGAAUAAAUAAUUAAAAAGUUUAAGUUUUAAUACUUUUGGAAGUGGUACACCCAAAGCUAGAAAAGGGAAAAAAACUAAAACAAAUAUAAUCUUAAGAAAUGAAGAAAAUAUUUUUGGCAGCAAAUUUGAUAAUGAUAACUUAUCAAAAAAGGAUAUAUCCUCAGUUAAAAUGACUUUUGGAGCUAAAUCUGAAAAAGCUAAAUAAGAUAGUACGAGACAAGUAUAUAAUAUUAUACCAUUAGAUUAUUUAAUAAAUAAAUGAAAAAGUUUAAAAACAAAAAUACAAGUUUGCUUAAGAAAAAAUGAAAUGCAGAACUGAAAAGACUAUCAAUAAUAGUGAUAAUUAAUACUAUAAAAUGAACAAAAAAUAUGAAAAAAUAAAAGAAAGAACUGAAUAAAUUUAUUUAGUUGAUUUAUAUAAAAUAUAUGGAUAUUAGAGAUUGAAAUAUGAAAUGAAUGUAAUUUUUUAUUUAAAUAGAUUUAUCAAGAUAAUUAUAGUUUUUUGGAACUCAGAAAAAUAAUUGUUAAGUUGAUAUAUGGAAUACUAAUUGUUUUAAAUUACAUGCAAAGAACUAUUUUUUAUAAAAUAUUUAUGUCAAUAAUAAUUUUGGUGAAUCUAGUAAUUUUUGUGUCAUAAAUCCUAUCAAUUGAAGAUGAUAAAUUUGUUGUUUAUGAAAUAAGUAUUAUUAUUUAUAUACAAAAUUAGUGGUAAUUUACAUAUACAUUUGUGAUUAAGUUUUUAGAAUACUUUCUAAAGGAAUUAUUGGACAUAAACAUGCAUAUUUUAGAGUUGUUAAAAAUUGGUUUGACUUAAUUUUAACUGUCUUAUAAAUAAAUACUACGUUAAUCCAUAAUAUUAAAUAAGUAAAUUUCUCUCCAUUAAGAUUAAUUACAUUACUAUUGUAUUUGGGGGAUUUUGUACCUGGUAUUUAUAUAAUAAAAAUUUAGGCUUGAGAAUUAUGUUAAAAUCAUUAGGUAAAUCAUUUAAAUAUUUGUUUGAAGCAUUAAUCAUAGUAAUAAUAUUUGGUUUAUUUUUUGCAACCCUUGGUUAAAGUUUAUUUCAUGGUUUAAUUAAUUAUAGAUGUUUACCACAAUAUUAUGAUUCUUUGGAUUAAUAACCAUGGAUAUCAUGUAGAAUUACUUAAUGUCCGGAAGAUUUAGUUUGUUAAUAUGUUCCAUAAGGACCUAAUAUACCAACAUCAUUUAAUAAUAUAUUUUCAUCUUAUGCUUAAGUUUUAAGAACUAUUACAAUGGAUGAUUGGACUUGGGUAAUGUAUUUUACUCUUAAAAGUUAUGGAACUUAUAUUUGGGUUUAUUAUUUAUUGAUUAUAUUUUUUGGUGGUUUUUUUGGAUUCAAUCUAGUUAUAGCUGUUUUAAAAAUUCAUUAUAGUUAAUAAACAAAUUAAAAAUAAAAUUAAAUAGAAGAAGAUGAUGAACAUUAAAAAGAAGAAAAACUAAAUUUAUAGAAUCUUAAAUAAUUUGGAUUAUAUCAUCCUAUUUUAUAAUAUAAAAUGUAUUUGAAAGGAGAUCAUCCAUUAUUAAAUAAAAGCUUUUGUUCAAUAGCAUCUAGUAUUUCAGAAUAACCUCGUAUUCUUUCUGGAAAACAUUAUUCUAAAUAUGAAAAUAGGUUUUAAUUUUUGAAAUAAUUUUCAUUAAAGACUUUAUUACUUCCUAAAUUUUUAGAUAUUAGAAAGUAUUAGAAUUUGUUAUAGGAUUUAUAUGAUAAUUUAAUGGAGAAACCUGAUAUUAAUAUGUAAUGUUUAACUCAUAAUGAAUUCACAAGAUAUUGGGCAAAUGCAAAAAAUUUAACAUAUAUCUCUAAAAGUGCUUAAGAUGUUAUCUUACUUAAAAUUGAAAUCAGUUAAAAAAUGUUAAUAUAAAAAAGAAUCUUAUAAUUUAGAUAUAAAACUAAACCUAAUAAUAAUCUAUAAAACUAAAAAGAACUUAAAUAAUUUCCAAUUAUUAAGAGUACAAGAUUAAAAGAUAAAAUUGUAUCAUAUGCUUCAAGUGGCAUUACACUCAUGGAUAUAUAACAUCAUUUAUCUAAAGCUACUUCAUAAUAAUAAACUCUCUCUAUUCAUCCUAAUAAUAAUUUAUUUAUUUCAUCUUAAAUCAAGAAAAAUAAUAAUACAUUUAUUUUACAUAAAGAAAAAGAAAUAUAUAUUAAAAUAUAUGGAUUCUAUCAUAAUUAUAAAGCAGUAUCAGAAUUGAUUAAUAAAAAAAUAUAAAUUAGAAUUGUUGAUAAAAUUAAAGAUUAUGAAGAAAAAUAUCUUUAAAUUAGAAUGUCAGAAAUUUAAUCUGGUAUUAUAGAAUCAAAAAACUGCUCUAUUUCAUCUGUUAUUAAUAAUUAUGAACAUAAAAAUUUAAUAAAACAUUCAUUAAAUCAUGUUGAUUAUUUAAUUUGGUUAGUAGGAAUUAGAGGAAAGUUUAUUAUUAUUAGGAAAAUUACAUUUAUGAUUAUUACUCAUAAAUUUACUAAUUUUUUUGUAGAUUGUGUAAUCUUAGUAAACUUUUUAUGUUUAAGUUUAAUAGGAAUUAUAUCUAAUUAAUUUUUAUCAGCUAUAGAAGAUUUUACAACAAUUAUAGUUACACUUGAAUUAGUAUUAAAACUAAUAUCUUUUUAAACAUGUAAUAAUAAUAUUUAUGUUUAUUUUAGCAAAAUUAAUAUAGAAAGAAUAAAUAAUUUUAGAAUCAAUAAUCAUUAUAAUCAAUUUUAGUGAAAUGUCAUUUAGAUCAAUUUUAAAUUAAGAUGAUAUAAUAGCUAGAUUACUAAGAGGAACUAAAAUUUUGUUAUUUCAUAGAUGUCUAAAAUAUAUUAGAAUGGCAGUGUUAAUAGGAUUGAUAGCCAAAAAAACAUUUAAAUAAUAUAUCUAUUUGACAUUUUUAAUGUUUUUAAUGAUUUUAAUAUAUGCUUUAUUGGGCAUGGCUGUUUAUGCAAGUAGUUUUGAUGAAACAACAUUACUUGGACAUUUACAUUCAUAUAAAGAUCCAUUAAAAUCAUGGAUGACUGUAUUUAAUAUUAUGACAAAUGAUGAUUGGUAUGGUGUAUUAGCAUUAGGUACAAAAGUAAAUUAAAUAUUUGCAUUUAUUUAUUCAUUUUCAAUGAUUCAUUUUUUAAAUUAUAUUACUUAUGGUUUAGUAAUGGCUAUAUUGUUAGAUGGUUUUGGAGAAUAUUUAGUAGAAAUAAAAAAAGAUUAAGAAAUUAAAUUUAAAGAUGAUGUUUCUAAUAAAUAAGAUUCUGAUUCAGAUGCUGAAGAAAAAGAUAAAGAAAAAGAAAAAACGACUAAAUCAUUUAAAUAAUUAUCUUAAAAUUCAUAAAUUUAUAAGGAUACCUAAUAUUGGUAUCUUUUAGAAUCAAUAUGUAAAUUAUUUAAACUAUAUUUUUAUAGAAUAAUUAGUAAAACAAAUAAAAACAAAAAGAAGGAAAAUCUAUUUAGGAAUAAAAUGUAAGGAAUCAUUAUUUUGUUUUGAUAAACAUAAUAAAUAGAGAAUUCUUUGUGUAAAAACAAUAAGAUCAGAAAUAUUUUAUUGGAGUAGAUUAGCAUUAAAUAUAGGAUUUAUAAUAUUGAUUGCAAUAUAGACAUAUAAAGUAGAAUAUUAUGUAAUUGUUGAUUCUUUGAUUUUAAUAACAAAUCUUAUGAUAACAAUAUAGACAAUAAUGUUAAUAAUAGCAUUAGGUUUAUUUCAUGAAAAGGGAACUUAUAUUUAAGUAAUUUUAAUAAUUAAUUUAGCACAUAUGGUAAAUAACAGACAUAAUGUAUUUAGUAUGUUAUUAUUUACAAUUGAUAAAUACUGAAAGUAGAAUUUUACAUUUAUUUUUGUAUUUAAGAUAUUUAAGACCAUUUAAAUUGUUAUAUUCAUUUUAACCAAUAGUAAAACUAUAUAAUUCUUUGGUGGCUGCUUUAUAUAAUAUGAGUAAUGUAUUAAUAACAUUAUUGAUAAUUUGGACAAUGUUUGCAGUUUAUGGUAUGAUUUUAUAUUAGAAUAAAUUCGGAUUCUGUGAUGAUUUGAUGUAGUUUGAUAUAAAUAAAUAAUAAUGUGAAGAUGAAGGAAGAAGAUGGAUAACUUAUUAACAUAAUUUUGAUAAUAUAACAGUAGCUUUACCAACUUUAUUUGUAAUAUCAACAUUUGAUGGUUGGGGAGAAAUCUUAUAAGUAGCUGAAAAUUCAAGAUCUUCAUAUUAAGGUCCAGCACCAUUUGUUAAUUAAUUGCCAACAUAUAUAUAUCUUACAUUAUUCUGUUUUAUAGGUUCAAUGUUUUUCUUAAGUUUAUUUACUGGUUUAUUAUUUCUUAAUUUAAAAGCAAGUUAAUAAAAAAUAGAAUAUGAUGAUUUAACAGUUUAUCAAUAAGAAUUUAUAUAAAUUUCAUAAAAAAUAUUAAGAGAUUCUCCUUCAUUUUCAUAACCUCCUAGAAAUAUUGUUAGAAGAAUGGCAUAAAAAUUAAAUAAAAAUUAAUACUUUUAAUAUUUAUCAUUUCUAAUAUUAAUAGUUGAUACAAUUAUCUAAAUGUCAUUUUAUUAAGAUAUGGAAAUAGAUAUGGCUAUAGAAUUGAAUCUAUACUAUGAAAUUAUAUCUAUUCUAUUUACAUUUUGGGUUUUAGUAUAAUUAUUAGAUUAUGGAUAUAAAAGGUUUAUUGAUGAUUAAUGGAGAAAAUUCUAUUCAUUAAUAGUCAUAAUUUCAUUAUUUGAAUUGAUUGCAACUAAAAACUAUGAUUUAUUUAAAAUUUAGAUGACAUCAACUAUGUUUACUGAUAAUUAUUAAAUUAUUAGACUAUUGUUUGCUUUAAGAAAUCUUAGAAUUCUAAUAUUAUUUAAGGGAUUUGAUGAUCUUUAAAGAUUAAUUAGAGUUAUGAUAUUUUCAUUUCCCUUUUUAGGCAAGAUUUUAUUUAUUUUGAUUGUAACAACUUUAUCUUAUGCUUUAUUGGGAUGUUAAUUAUUUGGACAUAUAGAUAAAGGAAUUAUAAUAGACUCUUAAAUAAAUUUUUCAACAUUUACAAGUUCUCUUUUAACAUUAUUAAAAUGUGGAUCUUGUGAUAAUUUUAGAAGUGUAAUGACAGAUACAAUGAUUCAUAAUAUUUAUUGUUAUGAUGAUCCAAGAUAUUGUGGAUCUUAAUUUGCAUAAAUUUACUUUAUUUCUUUUGUUUUUAUUUCUAAUUAUGUUUUACUAAAUUUAUUUGUUUUAGGAUUAAUAGAACAAUUUGAGAAAUUCUUUUAAUCUGAAAAUUCAAUACUUUAAGUAUAUAUAGAAUCAAUAGAUAAAAUAAAAACAGUUUGGUGUAAAUAUUCAUAUCAAAGACAUGGUAAAGCUAUGCAUUAUUUAUAAAUUUGUAAAUUUUUAUUAGAAAUUGGUUAACCAUUCACACAUAUUAAAGAUAAUAUAUGGGAUGCAGCACGUUUAGCAGGUUAUUUAAAAAUUAGAACUGAUGAUUAAGGUUAUAUUUAAUUUAAUUCUUUAAUUUAUGAAAUAUUUAGAAGAACAUUUAAAUAAUAAGUAUUUAAAUAAGGAUCUGAUGAUUCUAUUAAAAUAAUUAAAAAGUUUAAUAAAGAAAUGCAAAUGAGAUUAUUUUAUUUUAGAAGAGAUAAAUUAUAAAAAAGAUCUUUCAUUGCUACAUAUGUUGAAUUUAAAAGUAAUUUUAGUAUAGCUAGUGAUUAUUUAUCAAUUUUAGUUAUUUUUAAAGCCUGGUAAAAUUAUUCUAAAUAAUUAAUAAAAAGAUCUAAAGUAGAAUAAGAAGAUUUCUCAGAUAAUUCUUCAUUUGGAUAAGAAGUUUAGUAAAUAAUUUAAUUAAUUAUAAUAGAGAUAUAGAUAUAUUUUCAAGAGUUGAUGAAGAAGAAGAAUAAAGUAAAGAAAACUUAACUAGAAAAAUUCCAUCUAAUCCAGUUAAAUCUAAUUAAUGUUUGACAUUUGAAAGUGAUCAUAAUCUAAAUAUUAAACAAUAAUUAGAUUUACCACUUUACAAUGAUAAUGAACGUUAUUUAACACCAAAAAGAGAUGUUACUAAAAUGACAUCAAAUCUACUCUAAUAAUUAUAAAAAAGAACAAUAAUUAAACCAAAAAAAGAUUCAAACACUCCUUCUUCUAUUAUAAAAUAAUCAUCUAAAUUAAUAAGAUAUCCAGUAGACAUAAUAUUCAACUAAUAAAAUUAUCAUAAUAAUCAAAGCAAUCUCAAUUAAAGUGCCAAUAAUUCUUUUAGAUCAUUUAUAUCACAUAGUGAAACCUCUUUGUCAUCAAUUGAUGGAGUUCCUGGAAUAAUAAUCUGA